CAGGCCCGAGGACCCAAAAAGCACUUGAAGCGCCUCGCCGCUCCCUCAUCAUGGAUGCUAGACAAGCUGAGCGGGACCUACGCCCCCCGCCCUUCUCCCGGUCCCCACAAGCUCCGUGAAUGCCUGCCCCUUACCAUCUUCCUCCGCAACAGGCUCAAGUAUGCGUUGACCGGAAAGGAGGUCCUCUCGAUCGUCAUGCAGCGUUUGAUCAAGAUUGAUGGCAAGGUCCGGACUGACCCUACCUACCCCACGGGCUUCAUGGACGUGAUCUCGAUCGAGAAGUCCGGCGAGCACUUCCGUCUUCUUUACGACGUCAAGGGUCGCUUCACUAUCCACCGCAUCACUCCUGAGGAGGCGACCUUCAAGCUCCUCAAGGUCCGCAAAGUGGCUGUCGGCCAGAAAGGCGUGCCACACGUUGUCACCCAUGACGGCCGUACGAUCCGCUACCCUGACCCCGCCAUCAAGGUCAACGACACCAUCAAGUUUGACCUUGAGCAGAGCAAGAUCACGGACUUUGUCAAGUUCGAUACCGGUAACAUCGUUAUGAUCACUGGUGGUCGUAACAUGGGCCGUGCUGGUGUCAUCGUGCACCGCGAGAAGCACAUCGGUGGCUUCGACAUUGUCCACGUCAAGGACUCUCUCGACCGGACAUUUGCUACGCGGAUCUCCAACAUUUUCGUGCUUGGCGAGGGCUCCAAGCCUUGGGUCUCCCUCCCGAAGGGCAAGGGUACCAAACUCACCAUCACGGAGGAGCGGGAUGUCAGGAGGAAACAGCGGGCGGCCGAGCAAUAA